UAAAUGUGGUUAUAUUUGAUGACGUUAUAUCAACUACUCAAAAACUCGGUGUUUUAAACUUUUUGAGGAGAGGGUGGCAUGUGUGUUGGAGGGUUCUUGCCCACCAGACACAGAAAGCUUCCAUAACCGUCCUGGGCACUCACUUCUCCAUGGUUUGGUUAUGGGCCUACACUCUUAGCCCAGGACACUUUGUCUCAUCUGGGCCUUUCUGUUUCCUAGCAACCAAGUGGACACCCCAAGAAGCCUUCAACCAGACCCAGUCCAGCUCCCUCCUGCGUGACCCGGUGGAGGGGAAGAACAGCACCAAUUCCACCAGGACCCUGAGGCUGCCGGAUCCAACCGGCGCUGCGUGGUACAUCCUCACCAUCAUUGGCAUCUAUGGACUCAUCUUCAUCUUCCGGCUGGCCAGUAACAUUCUCAAGAGGUCCUUGGAGGACAUUUACUGCUCAGACUUACCUUCUGAACUCAAAAGGAAAGGGUUUCAGAGCAGGGUGGCCCAGUGUCCGUCACUGAUCAGCAGCAACGCAGCUGUCCUUCAGCCUCAGCAGCUCGGCCUGGAACCAAAGUGUGAAGACAGCAGGCUCCACUGA